AUGGCCACCCAAUACCAGAAUAUCUGCUCGUUACCAGAAGAUGUCCGUUUCUAUCUUCUCCGCGGAAAUACCAUGGUGCCACUCAUACCAGCCGAUCAGCUACCAUUCCAACUUAAGGGGAUUCCGCGGCAACUUACGCAUCGUCAAAUGUCAGACCAGGGCUGGAAACUAUUCAAGGAGACAAAAGACGCGGCUUCUGUACUCUCAGUCCAAGCGCCCAUUACCAACGAUAGACUUUCGCACUGCUCUCUAGAUGGGAAACCUCAAUAUCUCGCGCCUGACCACAAUGUCCGGACUGAGUCGCAGUACACAACGACAGCUCUCAGUCGUGCAGGCCGAUUGUCGCCGCAAUCACCAUACGACUGUCUCGGGACGCCGUCCAGCACCGGUUCCGAGCGCCAGUCGUCGCUAGCCGACGCCGUGGCUUCAGUGUACCAGAGGGAAGCCCAGCGAUCAGGGUACAACAACCACUCUAACCCCAGCCCCGAGCCCUCGAAAAAAGUAUAUUGCACGCACUGGAUCGCAACCGGCGAAUGCAGAUGGAUGCACACGGGGUGCAAAUACAAGCACGAAAUGCCUGGAACCGAAAAGCUCCGCGAGCUAGGUUUCACCCGCGGCACUCCCCGCUGGUGGAGGGAGAGAAAUGCAGUGUCUCCUGCCAAGCCACUAACGUGGAUGCAGCGCAAAGUACUAGGCGGAGGAGCAAGCAGUCAGGGUCUGGAGCCGCCUUCUGAGGAAAAUAUGCCUCCAUCCGCCCGAUCAUUUACGGAUGCAAUGACGCUUCGCGCCCAUAGAUUCGAAGAUCGAUAUACACCCGGCGGUGAGGUACAGAAGAUCGGUGGUGGUGGUAGUAGUAAUGGUGGCGUUUCCAAGCUUCGUCAGGGAUCAACUGAACACUCAGCUGCAUCAUCUACUAGUACUAUAACCCCCAACCUCAUAGAUCUAGACGACACACCCAUCGUUCCCCCACCCAGCCCCUCGCAAUCCCAAGCCUCGACCGUCGAGUCAAGCGAAACACGCACCCCGCUUUCCCGCACCUCGUCGUCUUCCCCGCCUACUUCACCCAGAAUACCCCGCAAGACCCCACUUACCAAGACUUCACGUCAAAAGAUGAGACCUGCGUCGUCUUCGUCUUCCCCUUCUUCUUCUUCUUCUUCUUCUUCGCCGUCAUCGUCGUUGUCGUCUUCGUCUGAGGAAGAUAGUUCGGACAGUGAGAUUGAUACUGAUACUGACACUGAUGACGCUCUUGCUGCUCCUGUUAGUUCUGCACAUCGACAGCGUCGCUCUAAGCGUGAUGCUAGUGUUCCGAAUGUUACAUCGGCUGCCAGACGUGUGACGGGGAGUGAAGCGAAGCUUAGUCUUGCUAGUUCAAAGUACGCGGUCAAAAUGCCUAGGGUUCAGCGGGAAGUGCGUGGGGAGCAAGGUGGGCAGAAGAGUUGA